ACCUCUUCUCUGUUCACACCGUAGCUGGUUACUUCCAAAUCUACCUCUCCUGCCACCUUACACCUUGUCUUGGGUAUUCUGACACCAACUUAAAUACCAGGUGGCGGAAAUUGAAUGACAUCUUUCCCGUAUGCCCGACAAUGUCCAGGCUGUUGCUAAAUCCAGACGACUCUUCAUUUACGGUCUCUUUCAAUUCAGUCUUUUCCUUUCCAGCCUGACUGCUUAAAUCCCUUAUCUGAGCUUUGAUUAUUUCUUGCUUUGACUACUGCAACUACCUCUUUUCUUGUCUCUGUCUCAGUCUGCUUAUAAUUCUACUACAAAAAAUGUGUUUCUCCUACAGCUUUGACCCUUUCUCAUGCCCCUUCUCAAAUAUCGCUUUUGGCUUCCCCUCUCCUAAACCGAAAGCAGGCUUCUGGUCCUUUCCACUUCACCCCACACACAUUCUUGCUCCCACCUUUCCCUUCACUUCAUGCAAACCUCCUCACUAACAGAUGCAUCUGUUCCUGCCUUGCGUUCUCAUCUUCCUGAUUUCUUCCUUUGUGUCUCUUGUGCCUGCAGUGAUCUUCCAUGUCUUGUGUCCUAGUUAACCACACUCUCUUCAUUCAUACCACUCCUUUUAAAACUCACUUAUUCCAUGAAACCUUUCAGUGAUGAUAGAUCAGGGACAGGAAUCUGAGUGUCUGUGUAUAACAAUUCACGCACAACAUGUGGCAUGCACAUGUACAUGCAAAUGGCCAUUUCUUUGCUCCUAUCUUUUCCCCAGGCUUUUUCAGGGACUGUAUGAGGGUUGAUGAGUUAAUGUUUGUAAAUUUCUUUGAGGCCUGGUCUACACUACGAGUUUAGGUCGAAUUUAGCAGCAUUAAUUCCAAUUAACCCUGCACCGUCCACACAGGGACAUUUUUGUCCACAUAAAGGGCUCUUAAAAUCUAUUUCUGUACUCCUCCCCAACGAGGGGAGUAGCGCUGAAAUCGACAUUGCCAGUUCGAAUUAGGGUUAGCAUGGACGCAAUUCGACUGUAUUGGCCUCCAGGAGCUAUCCCACAGUACACCAUUGUGACUGCUCUGGACAGCAGUCUGAACUCGGAUGCACUGGCCAGGUAGACAGGAAAAGCCCCGUGAACUUUGGAAUUUCAUUUCCUGUUUGCCCAGCGUGGAGAGCUGAUCAGCACAGGUAACCAUGCAGUCCCAGAAUCGAACAAGAGCUCCAGCGUGGACCGUAUGGGAGGUACUGGAUCUGAUCGCUGUAUGAGGAGACGAAUCCGUGCUAUCAGAACUCUGUUCCAAAAGACAGAAUGCCAAAACAUUUGAAAAAAUCUCCAAGGCCAUGAUGGACAGAGGCCACAGCAGGGACUCAACACAGUGCCGUGUGAAACUUAAGGAGCUGAGACAAACAUACCAGAAAGCCAAAGAAUCAAACAGGCCAGAGCUGCAGACAAGCCGCUUCUAUGCUGAGCUGCAGGCAAUUCUAGGGGGGGCCACCACCAUUACGCCGCCCCUGUCCGUGGACUCCGAUGAUGGUGUACUCUCAGUCACCAUGCCUGAGGAUUUUGUGGACAGGGAAGAUGAGGAGGAGGAGGACGAGGUUGAGGAGACCACACAGCACAUCAUUCUCCCUAACAGCCAGGAUCUUUUUCUCACCCUGACUGAAGUACCCUCCCAGCCCUCCCAAGGCGGUAUCCCGGACCAUGAAGCUGUAGAAGGGACCUCUGCUGCAAAUGUUUCAAGCCUCCCUCCUCCAUCUCAAAGGCUAUCUCAGAUAAGGCGGCAAAAAAAAGGACGUGCAAUGAAAUGUUCUCUGAGCUCAUGCAGGCCACCCGCACUGAAAGAGCUCAGCAGAAAGGGUGGAGGGACACAAUUGCACAGAACGGGAAAGCAGUCAGUGAACGUGAGCAGAGGUGGCGGCAGGAAGAUCAGAGGAUGCACGAUGGGGCUACUGCGGGAACAAACGGACAUGAUGCAGCGUCUGGUGGAAGUUCAGGAACGUCAGCAGGAGAGACUGCCACUGCAGCCCCUGUUUAACCACCUUCCCUCCUCCCCAUGUUCCAUAGCCGCCUCCUCACCCAGACGCCCAAGAACGCGAGUGAGUAGGGUCCAGGCGCCCAACCACUCCAUCCCAAUGGACAGAAGGCUGUCAUUCAACAAGUAUUGAAGUGGCCUUUUCCUUCCCUCCUCCCAAACCCCACACGGGCUACCUUGUGAGCUAUCUCCCUAUUUUUAUUAUCAGUUAAUAAAGAAUACAUGGUUUUUU